AAGAAAAUAUGGAACCCUGGCAAAUGGCUAUAAUUCAACUGUCCUCACAAAUGCAGGUACUAACUUCCGCAACAACAAAUUUACAAACCGAAAUGAAAAGCCUAGCCAGUGACGUGGAACGCCUAAAAACCGGUUUGACUGCUCAACCGACCACACCUCAAAGUCAAAACCAACCCGUCAUUCCAACAUCUGUCAAUCCAGGUGUCAAUCAUAGACCUAAGCCAACGUGUGACUUACCACUUAGCGAAAAAACAAUCAACGCAAUCAUAAACGGUGAGUACGUCAACUUGACCGACCUUUUUGCCGACAAUGUGUAUUCGGAUAAUGUAGAUCAUCCAGAACAAAAUCUUAUGUUCGAAGAUGGGAAUUUAAAACAGCAAAAAUACCGAAAAGUCAAAACAUUAGCAACGUUUAAUCAGUGGCUAAGCGCAUGGAAUGUAUUUGAGAAUAUAUUGAUUCAACACAAUCCAGAUUUAUACACUUGUUUAUCAAGUUACCGUAGUCUGAUUCAAGAUUCUGACAAAAAGUUUACAUGGAAAUCGGUGAAUACUUACGAUAUUAAAUUUCGAAGCAAACUCGCACAGAAAAAAUCUUUCGAUUAUCAAACCAUUGAUACAACGCUCUAUGUGACGACAUUUGAUGCAACGUCUGUCCGUCAACAACUCAAAUGUCAUAGAUGUCACGGAAACCACAAGGUCGCAAAUUGCACUUUUCAAGAGAAAUCCACGUUGGAGAAAGA